AUGCCAAAUUCCUCGAGUUACUCGGACUCAACGAAUGCAGAUGUUUUGUGGCGAUAUGGCCGAGUGCUACUCGAAAUCGCCCUAUGGACAUCGAGCGCCGAUAAAAGUCGCAUGGCAACAUUCCUUGAAGCAGAAAAGAUGUGCAAAAAAGCGGUGGACCAUGAGGAUCCGCAAAAUCCAUGUCCCGAAGCACAUAAAUGGUAUGGAAUUACACUGGCGAAAUUGACCGACUUUCGUUCGGAUAAAAAACUAGCAGAAGCGCGAGAGCAUCUGGAAAGGGCUGUCCAACUGGACCCGAACGAUGCUAGAUCCUGGCAAUAUCUUGAGAAGCUGUUUGAUCAAGCUGCAUAUCGUGCGGUCAGCAGUUGUUCUCUGGAUGGUGUUGCUGUUGAGAGGGGUACACUGGAGGACAUUUCUUGUGUACCUGCUGUUACCAGUGUUUUGGCCACUGAAGUGCCUGAUGUGGCAUUUGUCUGA